AUAACUGCUUUCCUUUGGAGCUAAUAUCAUUCGAGAAGGCGGCUUCAUGCCGACUUGCAAGAUACAAGGUCAAAUAUAUCAUUUGCAUGGUUCAAUGGUGCCAACACCAGAUGAACCGCAUCAAUUUCUGCAAAUAUAUUUCAUUUCGUCGAUGGUGGAUCAGCUGAACGUGCGGUGCAAUAUACAGGGAGCACAACAGUUAAAGAGACGAAUUAUUGAACAGUUGCAAGCAUUUUUUCACGCUAAUAAUGCUGUGGUUAAUAUGUUCAAAACAGCAUUGGAACGAAUGCCAUCGGAUACGCACAAAUUUGUCAUAAGAGCGGAUUGAACUCCGACAGGUGAACAUGUGCGAAGAUUCAAUGCACCCACCGUUAAUGAUGUUGCUGCAAUUAUUGUUGGCGAUCCAACUAAAUCACGAGACAUUGUCGUUCAGCGAAGAAGCAAUAUCAUGCAUCGUGUAAACGAGACACAUCGUUUGUACGAUGCGUUACAAUAUCCAAUCAUUUAUUGGCAAGGGCAAGACGGAUACGACAUCACGUUGAAGAUGGUCGAUCCAAUUACAGGAGUAUCAACGAAUAAUAAAAAUCUAAGCGCAAUGAAUUACUAUGCGUAUCGUAUGAUGAUUCGUACACAUGAGGAGAAUGUCAUUCUGAAGUGCGGUCGGCUAUUCCAGCAAUUCGCUGUUGACAUGUAUGUCAAAGUCGAGACCGAACGUUUAGCGUUCAUCAGAUUCAAUCAGCCAAAGCUACGAUCUGAGGACUAUAUACACUUGCGUGAUGCUAUUCAUUCAGAUGGUGAUGUUCAGAAUAUUGGACGACUGACGAUUCUCCCAUCAACUUAUAUCGGAAGCCCACGCCACAUGCACGAAUACGCUCAAGACGCUAUGACGUACGUGCGAAAUUAUGGAACUCCGGAUUUAUUUAUUACGGUCACAUGCAAUCCGAAGUGGACGGAAAUUGAACGCGAGUUGGAACCGGGUCAAAAACCGCAAGAUCGCCAUGACAUAAUCGCCAGAGUAUUUCAGCAAAAACUCAAGGUUAUGAUGGAUGUGCUUACUAAGUAUCGAGUUUUUGGUGACACACGUUGUUAUAUGUACUCGGUGGAAUGGCAGAAGCGUGGACUACCGCAUGCUCAUAUCCUAAUUUGGUUGCUGAACAAAUUACAUUCAAAUGAAGUGGAUGACAUCAUAUCAGCUGAAAUUCCUGAUCCAGUCACUGAUCCCCGUCUACACGACAUUGUGACGACACAGAUGGUGCAUGGACCGUGCGGUGCAUUAAAUCCAUUAUCGCCUUGCAUGGCUGAUGGAAAGUGCACAAAACGAUAUCCGCGACCGUUAGUUGCUGAAGCAGUCACAGGGAACGAUGGAUAUCCAGUUUAUCGUCGGCGUUCAAAAGAAGAUAACGGUCGAACUAUCAAAGUUAAAGUUCAAAAUCAAGAGAUUGAGAUCGGAAAUGAAUUCAUUGUACCAUAUUGCCCGCUGCUAUCACGAAUUUUCGAAACACAUGCAAACGUUGAGAGUUGUCAUUCGGCCAAAUCAAUCAAAUAUUUGUGCAAGUACGUCACAAAAGGCAGCGACAUGGCUGUGUUUGGUAUUGCGUCGGAAAAUGUGAAUGACGAAAUCAGCAACUUCCAAAUGGGCAGAUACGUCAGUACUAAUGAAGCACUGUGGCGAUUAUUGUCAUUUCAAAUUCAUGAAAGAUAUCCCACAGUUGUACAUUUAGCAGUGCAUUUGGAAAAUGGCCAAAGAGUUUACUUCACUGAGGCUAAUGCGGCACAACGAGCUGAGAGACCACCAUCGACAACAUUGACUAGCUUCUUUGCAAUGUGUGAAGCAGAUCCAUUCGCAGCGACGCUGAUGUACGUUGAAAUGCCCAAGUAUUACACUUGGAAUCAAUCAACAAAGAAAUUCCAACGUCGCAAACAAGGAACCCCAGUUCCAGACUGGCCACAGGUGUUUUCAACUGAUGCACUAGGUCGUAUGUACACUGUUCAUCCUAGAAACGAUGAAUGUUUUUAUUUGCGACUGCUGUUAGUAAAUGUACGUGGACCGAAAUCAUUUGCGCAUUUGAAAACUGUGAAUGGCCACCAAUGCCAAACAUAUCGAGAAGCAUGUCAACUAUUGGGUUUGCUGGAGAACGAUUCUCAUUGGGAUUUAACACUUGCAGAUUCAGUUGUUUCAUCAAAUGCGUACCAAAUACGAACGCUGUUCGCAAUUAUCAUCACCACAUGUUUUCCUUCACAACCAAUUCAGUUAUGGAACAAAUACAAAGACGCCAUAUGUGAAGAUAUCUUGCAUCGCUUGCGUAUUCAAACGAAUAAUCCUGACAUCCAAAUAACCGAUGAAAUCUACAAUGAAGGAUUGAUUCUGAUUGAGGAUCAAUGCUUGACUAUUGCAAACAAGCUACUGAUUGAAGUAGGAAUGAUUGCGCCAAAUCGAUCGAUGCACGAUACAUUCAACCAAGAAUUAAAUCGAGAGCUCAAAAACAAGUAUACAAAACAUUAA